AUAAAGCCUGUGGCGGGAGAGAGAGAAUGCUACUGAUGGCCCUAAGACGCCGGCUUUAGGAAGCCUUGCGAAUCUCGAGGCAAAGGAGUUAGGGCUUUAACCGCUGCUCCCGGUGAAAGCGGCAUCGCAGGUGUCUCGCUUGCGAAGUUGCGAUGCACUCAUUUCUCUCCUGCUCCAGCUCUCGUGCGUCAGUUACCUACAGUACCGUAUUGCAUCCUAGUGUCAGGAGCUUUAGUCACAAGCCACAUCCCUUGCUUGGUUUCUGUAUCCCAGAGUAGGACUGGUAUCUGAAAAACAAACAAUUAUCAGCAAACUUCGCAUCAGGUACGUGUGUGUCUACCAAUCUUCCAACCUCAAUCCUUGGAUCGAGCCGGACGGUGCAAAUACUUAACUACAUACACAUUCAGGAGCGAUAACUGCAAAAGCUUACCUCUAUGUCCCAACGCAUCUUUGUUUGCUAACACCGCGGCCAACUUGUAUCUCACUCCACAACUGCGACAGCUGUCCCUUCCCGCUCGUUGUAUUAUUGUUGAAGCGGAUGUCUGCAACACGACGUCAAGAUUAAUGGGCUGUCCUUUAGGCAGAGUGCUGCGUAGCGUUGGUGCUCAUCUCAAAUGGACGGCAUCUUCACAGGAGCAAGUAGCCACGAUGAUGACUCAACCGUUUUCACCGACACCGUGGACGGCACAACCAGCUUGCCCGCCUACUGCAUCAAAGUCAUCGAUACGCCGCCUUUCCAAAGGCUGCGUGGGUUGUGGGCGCUGGGUGUUACCAAGUUCGUGUUCCCUGGAGCGGUACACACCCGCUUCGAGCACUCCCUAGGUGUGGCAUACAAGGCUCACAAGGUGGCACGGCACAUCUGGAAGCAGCAGGGCGGCGAGCGGGCGGCCCUCGCAGGCGGGCUGGCGGUGGACAUGGAGGAGGAGGAUGUCAAGUUCGUGACGCUGGCGGGCCUGGCGCACGACCUGGGUCACGGGCCCCUGUCGCACCCCUUCGACCACUUCGUAGAGCGCAUGGGCGUCCCGGACUGGAAACACGAGCACAUGUCGGCCCGCAUCCUGGAGUACCUGGCGGACACCUACGACGUGGGGAUCAGCCGCUCCGACGUGGCUCGCAUCACGGACCUCAUCCACGGGGCGCCCGCGGAGCACCAGCAGCUGGGAGGAGGGGGCGGGGGCGGGCUGUGGCGGCCGGGGCGGCGCUUCCUGUUUGACAUCGUGGCGAACAAACGCAACGGUGUUGACGUGGACAAGGUGGACUACCUGCAGCGGGACGCCUUCAUGUGCGGGGUGCGGGUGGGCUGCGACUUUGACCGCCUGCUCAAAAAGAAUUUCAUCAAGGUACUGGGUGACGAGGUGUGCUACCCCUGGAGCGAGUACGGCAACGUCCUGGACCUCUUCCGAGCCCGGGAGGCCAUGCACCGCAAGGUCUACACCAACAGGAAGAACAAGGCGGUGGAGCUGAUGGCGGUGGAUGCGCUGGUGGCCGCGGAGCCGCUGCUGAGGAUCAGGGAGCGGCUGCAGUCGCCCCAGGACUACCUCAGCCUGGAUGAUUCGGUGCUAUCGACCAUCGAGCACUACCGGAUCAACUACAGGCGCCCGCUGGACGACGCGGAGGAGCGCGCACUGACCGCCGCGCAGGGCAUCGUGCGGCGGCUGCGCACCCGGCAGCUCUACCGCUUCGGCAACCAGAUGACGGUGCCGCCCGAGUACCUGGCGGACAGCCGCUGGGAGUCCAUGAAGUGCCGCUUCACGCCCGCCGAGGUGGCCGCCUGCUACGGCGGCUCGGAGGUGCCGGGCGGGCUGCGGCCGGAGGACAUCAUCUGCGACGAAAACAAGAUUGACCACACCAUGGGGGGAGCCAACCCGGCUGAGAGGGUGGGUUUCUUCGCCAGCCACGACAGCCGCGACAAGUUCUACAUCACGCAGCACCAGGUGGUGGGCAUACUGCCGCACUUCUUCCAGGAGCGCGUGCUGCGUGUGUUCACUCCGCACCAGGACGAGCGCUACGUGCGGGCGAUCGAGGAGGCGCUGGCCCGGUGGUGCAGCCGGCACUUUGGGGGCGGCGUGCAGCUGGCCACACCCGUGCGGCCGAGGAGGCCCAGGGAGGGCGGCGGCGCGGCGGCGGGGGCCGGGGCGGGCAUCCCGCCGCAUGUGCUUGCUCGAGAGGUUGCCAUGCGGGAGGUGGUGGGCUGCAUGCGCCAACAGGGGG